AUCAAAUCACACAGUCUACACCACUCUUCCUUUGCAAGCACCCUUUCUCUUCCAAUUCGUUGCUUCUGACGAACAAAUGCUCUCGUGCACAAGUAUUUCCACAAACCUUUCUCUCUCCAUCAAAAAUGGAUUUUGGGGUGAUUACACUCCAAGAGCCCUCUCCCAAUCCAGAUUCAUCUGAGCCCGACAAUAGCAAUAGCCAUGGAUCUGUGAAUCUGAAGCAGGAAAGAUCAGAAAUUGCUGAGGACACCGGCAAGGAAUCAAAAAUAGCAAGAAAUGGAAGUUUCACUGCUUUUGGAAGAUUCGGUCUAUGGCCAUCAGGAAGCGAUGAUGGCCAGAAAAUGCUUUCAUUUUCUUCUGCUGAUCUACAUCCUAACGAAGGAAAUAUCACAAAAUAUUACAGCAGAACAGGAGGUCAGUUGAAUGAAGGUAUGCACGGUUCUUUGGCUAGAUUCCAGGGACCAUUUACUCCCUCUCAAUGGAUGGAGCUGGAACAACAGUUGUUGAUUUAUACACACAUUUUGGCCCACGUCCCAAUUCCUUCCAACUUAAUUAUGCCUCUCCUAAGAUCCCUCUACCCAUAUGCUACUUCUGGAUCUUAUGCCUCCAAUGUUUUGGGAUGGGGUCCUCUCCAUUUAGGUUUAUCAAGCAGCAAGGAUCCUGAGCCUUGGAGGUGUCGGAGGACAGAUGGAAAGAAAUGGCGGUGCUCGAAAGAUGCUGUUCCUGAUCAGAAGUAUUGUGAAAGGCACAUUAAUAGAUGCCGCAACCGUUCAAGAAAGCCUGUGGAAGGCCUGAAAGGCCAUGCUGUCUCUGGAUCCACUACUUCAAAUGUGGCACCAAUUGCUUCCUCCUCAUCAGCAUCAGUGAUAUCCAGAAGCAGCUUGUCUAACAAUCUUGGAUCCAUGCUGAACCAGCUCAAUCCCUGUGAGACCCACACUGCCCAGGCUUCAAUCAUUUAUCCCGCUAGCAGUGACAAAAAUGUAUACGGCAGAACUCAAGAAUACCAAAGCCUCACAUCGACACCCACCACCAUCAAUCUGAAGCCUAAAGACACGUCACUUUCCUUCCAAAACCAGCAUGCCCCAUUUGAAGAAUUUGCUCACUUGGAGUUUGGAACUAACUCAGAUUCCCGAGUCAAUCCUUCAACAAAAUUUUCGUACUUGAAUGCUAGAAAUCCCAAUUCUUUCCUGGAUCUAGAAUCAAAUGACCAUCAUCUGGUAAGCCACUUCAAUGAUUUAACUGACCAAUCUGAUCACACCUCUGUCUCAUGGGCUAAAAAACAGAAAUCUGAUUGGACUCAGCUUUCAAUGUCGAUCCCAGUGGCUCCCUCAGAUUUUUCACCAUCCACAGAUUUUUCUCCACAAACAAAGCCUACCUUUUUACCUUUAAGACUAUCUCCUGAGCCCGACCCAGUUCAGAUGAGCUUGGGCAUUAAUAGUAAUAUUGGUGAAUCAAAUCAAAAGCAAUCGACUUGGUUACCAGUUUCUUGGGGAAUCUCAAUGGGCGGUCCAUUAGGGGAGGUCUUGACCAGCACAUCCACUAAUGCAGGAGUAGGCAGUAGUUCGACUGUUCUGAACCUGAUGACUGAAGCUGGGUAAAGUAGCCCUCAGGUGAGAUCUUCUCUGACAAGUCGCCUUUGGUCACGUUUUAAUAAGCUAGUUGAAGGUACUGAACGAAGAUGUUUCCAUUACUUUCAUUUUUGUAUUUUUCCUUUUUCUUUCAUCUGUCUAUGCAAGUGUUCUUAAUGCAUAAACCUACUCAAACUUGAGCACUGAACUCGAUUCGGUCAUGGUUCAGUCAUCUGUAUUCUAUAAUUCACAGUAGCAACAUUUUAUGUCAUCUUAA